AUAAACGGCGCUAUUGUCUACCAUUCUGAACACCAGCUAGCAUGAACAACGUAAACCUCCGUUGGUUCUGUUUUCUUCGAAUAGGGAAAACGUGAGUCGCUAUCAGUUCAUUUUACUAUUAGAAGAAACUUUGGUAAAGUGCUGUCUGCAAGAUAUGCGCACAAAAACACACAUAAUGGAUUCGUUACCAGAAGUUGCCACCGAAAGCGAUAGCUUUGAGUGGUUCCUGUCUCGUUGUUUUCACGACGAAUACAAAACCAUACCGAUACGGAAGAAGUGUCUUACUUUGGGUCGUGGUGAAAAUAUGGGUUUACAGUUUUGCCCUAAAAAGUAUAAUUAUUUGUCAAGGAACCAUUGCAUGGUGCAGAUUAUCGAUGGAAAGCCUGUCAUCAUCGACUGUAAUUCUGCACGAGGCACGUUCGUUAACAGUGAACGUCUAGACAAGUUCUCUCCCGGUCGGAUCGAACUAAAGGAAGGUGACCUUGUUGGCAUCGGGCAUAAGAAUGAGGAAAUACAACAAUAUUUCAAAUUCCAUUCCAAUAUACUGAAGUAUAGAGUAUGUCGGAAAAUUCCUGACGACGAAGCAGUAAUUGUCUCCGAUGAUGAAGCAGAUGAAGGCGACAGUUCCACCUUAUUGCCCAUGGCUACGAAUACUCCUUCUGUAGAAUCUCUAAACGAUUUGACGAGUGAAUCGGAUGAAAUCAAAACUAGCAUGCCAAAAGCAAUGUCACCAGUGCCUGGACCUUCCGGAUUAAGGUUGUCUGAAUGCGUUUCAAUACCGAUGGAGUUAUUGAAAAAUUCGAGCUUUGAAGCGGAGUAUGAUAUGUGUGCUAGUCGACUAAAUGAAGAUUGCUACGAAUCGGACACAGAGCCGUGUGCGUCUGAAAUGGUGACUAAUGAAAUUAUAACCCUUUCGGACGAUGACGAUGAGUACGCCGAUCUGCAUCACACUCAGAUGGUUCUAGAAGAAGUGAAGAAAGAACUAGCAGACAUUGAAAAGCAGAACACAUGCCAUAAUAUAUGUGAUGAUACGAAUGUCCAGUGGACGUUAAAGUUAAAAUCUGAUGUCGAUGCCACGCAACGCUACAAAAAAUCCAAAGAUCGCCAAAAGGAAAACGGUUCCUCUAAGAAGGAAAAAGUUGACAAUACAGCUACCAAAUCGAGCGAUACAAAGGAAAAGCAAAAGCCUACAAAACAUUCAACAAGUAAAGAAAGUACGAAACAAAGCACCGAUACGAAAGGAAAGCAAUCUCACGAUGGUUCCUUGAAGAUUUCUUUGAAACGUAACUCAAACGAUUGGGUUAUAACAAAUGAUAAGAAUGAGGAAGCGAAAAAAUCGCAUAAAUCCACCGAUACAUUGGCCAUAAACGAUGCAGCAGCAAAAGGUAACAACAAGCAAACGACGGACGAAACGGUCAAAGCGAAAAGUAAAACUCUUGCGCCAGAGCCGCCGAAGUCUGUUCGAAAGCGACGCCAUUCGGUUGCUGAUUGGAAUGAGCUUGGUGCUAGAAAACCCAAUGGAACGAUUGAAAUAGCACCACCGGAAAAUCACCAGUUUACACGGAUUCCUUUAAUGUAUCGACCUCCUCUCUGGGCGACAUGUUCCAGUGCCGAUCCGAAGCCAUCCACUGUCAUCCCGAAGCCUUCCACUGUCGCCCAGAAGCCUACAACUGCCGAAAACUCGCACGGUGCAGCAGGAAACAAAGAUGCAACGCAAAAUAGUGCCAAACCUGUCCUAAAACGGCGUGUUUCGAUUGCCUCUCCAGAGGAAAUGCAUGCUCAAUUCCAAAAGAAAUUUAAACCACGUACUAAUGUCCCUGACAAGAUAUUUGAGUUCCAUCCUGUAAAUGCUGCGGCUAAGGAGCAAAAGGAACAACGUAAACAUCGAUUGAUCGAGGUUAACAUGAACAAGAAAAAUCAGGAAAAAACAUCAGCUAAAGAUGACCAUCCAGUUGCACCUAAGAAAACGGGAUCCACUAAGCCAAGGGUGAAGUUUACUCCGAACAAUCGUGGAAUGUUCCUUACCGAUCCUAUCCCUCCACCACCCUCCCGGGCUCCAUCUACAUCGCGUCCAACAUCGGCCGAUGAAAGCAUCGUGUGUACGCAAUCAACAACAUUGGACCAGUUGCCGAAUGUAGGCAUUGCGGAUGAUUUGAUCGAUACACGCCCGAAGAAGAUGACUUUCGAAAGUGUGGCUCGGGUGAGCAACGUUGAUCAGCAGGUACCGGCUGUAAGUGGAUUAAGACGAAUAACUGCCCGUCGGUUUUCCGUGAUGGAGCCCCCAACGUGUUUAAACCGGCCGGAAACGAACACAAAUGGUAACUCCACAGCAACAAACCACAAAGCUGCCACCAAUGCGGAUAGUUCUGCAUCGACACCGAACAUACAGAGCAACAAUUCAAGCAAUUCGAAUAUUUCUCGCUCCUCGAGCGUAGUAGCUCCGUACGCGCCCUUAGUACAAAGACUUCCCCAGAAAAGUAUACUGAAAUCAUGUAAUCCCAACACUGCGGGUGCCCAACGAAAAAGCGUUACUAUAAUGGAAAAUUUAAAUAAGACACGGCUUAUUGAAAAAUAUAUCAUUGCAUCACCGUACUAUGUUCGAAAAGAAGUUUUGGACCACGAGCGCAAGCUGCUAACAGAGAUACUCAAAUGGUCUCCACGUUGGUUGACGCAUCAACAAUCGGAAACUUCGCACAACUCCCCGUUCGGCACCGUAGACAAAAUGAUGCCAAAGUUGGAAGAAUACGAGGAUUACAAAUCGUUCCAGCAGCUUCAUAUUCCGUUCCUAAAACGCGAACUUUGGAAUGAAGUUCGCGCCAGUUCUAAAUCAAUGCCAUUUUUCUUGAUCGCUCGUACAGUUGUUUGCGGGGCCAUUGACGGCACUUAUCUGUAUGAAGUUGAAUGUGAAGUUUCCAUUAAUCCCUGUGAACAGCAACAGUCGGCCGCGUACGAUUUCGGCAUUAUGGAGUACCAAAUAUCGCAGCAUCAAAAAAUUAGUUUGUUUUAUUACCUCCACACACAAGUACCAUUGAAGAUAGGAGAGAAUGGCCCAGAUAAUAGUGGUCCACACCCAACUAAAGCCAUGAAAUACGUUUUGAUUGUGGCAGGCAAUGAGCAGGAGCGUCUGGAGAUGGGUCGAAAUGUUGUGCUUCGUCCGUUUGCAAGAAUUUUUUUAUAUUUGCGCCGCGGAAAUGCAUUAACAGCACUGUAUUAUUCGCAGCUAUUGUGUAACAUUCUAACACCAUCAUAUAACGUAACGAACAUUCUUAGGGUCGCUAAGCGGACGAAUCGGAGUUCGGUUACAAAUAGCAAAACGCAACCGCAGAUGGAACCGGGAAUGCUCAAUCCGUGUCAGAUGAAAGUUUUGUCCUCGGUGUUAGCCGAAUGCUUCUGUAAGGAUCUGCCCACCAUUUCCAUCAUACAGGGACCACCGGGUACAGGGAAGUCGCGAGUAAUCAGUCACUUAGUUUUGCAGCUAAUGCGUAUCGCUCGCUCGACUAGCUCUAAAAUGAAGGUGCUCGUGUGCGCGGCCUCGAAUACAGCGGUAGAUGUUAUAGUAAAAAAAAUAUUAUACUUUAAAACACAUUCAGCUCAAACGAGAAACUUAAAGGUCGUUCGAACGGGAUCAAAAAACAAAGUCGAGUCUUCCUGCCUGCAAGUGUUCAUCGAUAAGCUGAUUCAAGACAAAAUGGACAAGGAAACUGGGCAUGAUCGAUACAGAAAUAAUAUAACCUACGAUUCUAUAAGACCGGGCCGCUCAAGGGAGGCGAUAAAGACUCGCAUUGACAUUUUAAAUGAAGCCGAUAUUGUUUGCACGACACUCGGAAGCUGCUCAAUGCUGGGUACGUAUUCCGUCGACAUCGAAUUCGACGUGUGUAUAAUCGACGAGGCUACGCAAUGUACGGAACUGUGUACGCUGCUACCACUACAGUAUCGCGUAUCGAAGCUAGUUUUGGUGGGUGACGUUCAUCAGCUGCCGGCAACGGUACUAGACCAGCAAAGUAUUGAGGCAGGAUUCCGGAAAUCUCUAUUUUCGCGCCUCUAUCAAUCGUACAUAGAUAAGCAGAAGAUGGAUGAGAUAAAGGUUUUAAAUACCCAGUAUCGCAUGCAUCCGGACAUAUGCCACUGGCCUAACGAAUACUUCUACCAGCGUCAGUUAAAAAAUGCUCCCUGCACCGAGGCCCAGCGCAAAGACAUUCCAUUGAAGCCGUACAUGGUGAUAAGCCUCAGCUACGACCAAGAGCUCACACAGGCCCAGUACGAAAUUUACAACAAGGACGAAAUACGGUUCGUCGUGGGGCUUACGAAACAGAUGGUAGCGUGCUGUAGUAAGCAUGCGUCUUUUGCCAUCAUAACACCAUACGCACGGCAUAAGGAGGAACUGAUACAAACUUUACGUAACCUGAAGCUGGAGCGGGUGGAAGCACAUUCGAUUGAUUCCGUUCAGGGCAAGGAGUUUGAUGUGGUCAUAAUAUCGUUGGCACGUUCGAACGGUGCAGGAUUUCUGGAUCAACCGGAGCGCAUCAAUGUAGCGAUGACACGUGCCCGACAAUGUCUUGUUUUGUGCGGAAACUUCAACAGCCUUAAGUACAAACCGGUCUGGUCGUCUUUGCUAGCGGACGCACAAAAGCGAAAGGUUUACUACCAACUUGAAGAUCACGAUGCGCACGCAUACGGAGAGCAGAUGGUUCAAAACAUCAUGCAACGGUUGCGCAAGGACUUACCAUAACAGAAGGACUUAACUUAACAUUUGAUGGAAAUAUUCUCUCGUUAUUUAUUAUUAAAGAAGGACAACCAGCAAGCUGCAAUCGAGAAAUUGCAAUACAUGUA